AAACAAUGAAUUCAGUUGAAAAUUGAAGUCGCUUUAGUAAACUAUUGAAGUAAUCAAAAUGCUCAAAAAUAAUUAAGUUUAAAUAAGAAUAGAAUUUUUUUAAUGUCCUAAAAGCAGAGGAUAGUGUUGCACAAUGAUUUCAGCGAUUUUAUCACGUCUUAUGAUACUUGUUUUCGGUACAAUUUACCCUGCUUACUGUUCGUACAAAGCGAUUCGCACGAAAAAUGUUAAAGAAUAUGUUCGAUGGAUGAUGCAUUGGGUAGUGUUUUCAUGCUUUGUUACACUUGAGACAUUCAGCGACGUGUUCUUGUCUUGGUUCCCAUUCUAUUACGAGGUCAAGGUUCUUAUUGUGUUUUGGCUUCUAAGUCCGAUGACAAAAGGUUCAUCGAUACUUUAUAAGAAAUUCAUUCAUCCAAAGUUAUCACGACAUGAGCAAGAUAUAGAUGAAUAUAUAAAUCAAGCGAAGGAGAAAGGUUAUAAAGCAGUCAUUGAUGUUGGCUCAAAAACUUUCGAUUUAGCCUCCAAAAUCAUUGUGGAAACAGCUAUAAAAGCAACAACCGUGUUACCGGCACAACAAAGUCACGAUAGAGUUGAUAGUGCUGAUAGAGUAGUAGAAGAAUUUCGUCAUUUAUCAUCAUCAAAGAUUGAAGAAACAUGGAAUGAAAUGGAUGUUGAUGAUGGAGUUGAUGCGAUGAUUGUUCGUGAAAUAGAAUUUAGUGAUGCUGAUGUUGAAAUUGAACCAGCAAGAAGUAGAACUCGUAGUCAAUCACGAGCGAAAAAUGAUAAUUUCGCACCUCCAGUUGUUGACAUUGAACCUGCUGGAAAGCAAACUAAAGGUCGAAAACAGAAGAAAGUUCAACCAGGAGUGCAUACAAUCAAGAAAUCUUAUUCGUUGAGUGACUUAAGUGAAACUGAUGGAACAGUUGAUUGUUUUAAGCAAGAGAUGAUUCAAAUCAAGCAUAGAAGUCGUCCAAAAAUUCUUAAUAGUGGAAAUGGUGUGAUGAGUCGUUCAACAUCGUUAACUAAAAGGCCAACAAGUGAUUUGUACUUUUCAGAAGUAGAUGUUAAACAAACAGUUCGAAGAACAUCAAGUGAUAGCAAUUACAUGCGAUCAGUCGAUGAUGUAAGCUCAGGUUACUCUUCCACCAUGGAUUUAUCUCGAUCAGAAAUAUCAAGGACGUCUUCCAAUGCUUCACUGCGCAGCAAGCGUUCAGCCCGUGAUUCCACAACAUCAUCGACAUUACCACGACGUCGAACCAGUGAGAAAUCUAAAGUGCAACGAUUAACGAAGUAGUAGCUUUUAAAAUAUUCAAUGCCAAACGAUUUGCAAAAAAUAAUUUUCUAUUCAAUAAUUUCUGAACUUUAAAUGAAUCUCAAUUUUAAGUCAAAGAAGUGUGAAGAUGAAUCGGUGCUAGUUACGCCUUUGGUCUGACAUUCCAACUCACCUUAUAAUCGAUCCUAUAGUUUAUUAGAAUCUCAUGUUUCUCCCAUAUUCGUUGAAAUUUAACAUAACAAAGUCAUUCUUAAACAUAUCUGAAUACUUAUGAUACGCGAGCGAUAUUUCAUUGUCAUUGAUUGAUUAAUUAAGAGCAGAGUUGAUUAUCGUAAAUAAUGAAGAUUUUAAAUUUUAAUGAGGCUGAUGAAAAUGCUUUUGAAAACGAAUAGACGAUUAUGAAAUUAUCCAGUAAUUGAUUAUCAAAGAAAUGUUGUGAAUUGAAAGAUAUGUAAAUUAAAUACGAUAGAUAAGUAACAACCCUGCAAUUAAUUUAUUAAAUUAUUUCUUCAAUUCUUUCCUGCAAUUUAUGUGAUAUGAUGUGUGAUUGCACUCACAAAUAGCAUUUGAAUUUAAUUAACUUCCUUUUU